CCAACAUGGCGUACGGGUAAAGAAAGGCUUCACAUUGGAAUUUUAACCGUUUUUAGUUCAUUAAGAGUCGUAAAUUGGAGUUUUAUUGUGUAUUAGAAUCAUAUUUCAUAACUUUAUCGCAGAAGAAGCAAAGGAUUUUUUCUACAAGUUUGGAUACGCUGUGUGAUUAGGUUAAACUUUUUGUUAUUGUGUUGUCGAACUUCAGAAAGAUAUUUGAAAGCAAGAACAUCAAAAGCAUGUAAUUAACACAGUCAACCAACAAAACCAUUCAAUAUGGAUUACAAAGUAUACCAUGUGAAAUAUAAGAUUGGAUAAUAAGGACACAAGUAACCAUGUAGAAUUAUAGUUAAUUAGUGUGUCUACUUAAAUUGACAAAGGGAGAUAAUUGAUUUCUGAGAGAAAGGGGAGGUAACUCCUUAAAGGAAAUAAUUUUGGAUUUAAGUUUUUUUUUCUGUGAUGCUCAAUUGCAAAAUGAGAGAAACAUUUUAUGUGACUUUUUCACUGUUUGUGAUUUUGGAUUUUUUACAGCAGCUGUAUGCUGUUGAUGUGCCAAAAUUUACUGAUUUUUAUUUCUCCGUGGAACCAACGAAUGUGAUAGCUAUCAGGGACCAAACAGCUCAGUUUGAUUGUGCUGUUUUUGUAGGGGAUUUAACUGCCAAUGGGGAGAUAACUCCUACGAUAGAAUGGAUUAAAGAUGGCCAAAAAUUAAAUUUACAAGAUGAUAAUAGAAGGUUAAUACAAAAGAAUGGAUCAUUACUUAUUUCACCAGUUCAUUCAGGGGGGACAGAUAUGGGGUUUUAUCAGUGUAAAGCAACAGUGCCUGAGCUUGGAACGCUUGUAAGCAGAAAAGCCUAUCUUCAUAUAGCUCAUUUAUCAAAAACAUUUCGUACAGAACCUGAAGAUUUGUCUGUAUACCUCUACGAUGCCGCCAUGUUUGGUUGCGUCAUAGAUGGCGUGCCAAAACCAAAUAUCUCCUGGUAUAAAGACAGAAUACCACUGCAAGAGAAGAAAAAUGUCAGAGUCCAUCUGGACGGGGUGUUGGAAAUAUAUCCUGUACAGUUUAAUGACUUUGGCUCCUACCAUUGUUUAGCUGAGAAUGUUGAUAAGAAGAUGAGCAGUAGGAUGGCAAAGUUAGAACAAAAUGCCAAUGUUGAGGUGAUACUGAAUGGAUUACCACCAAGUUUUGUAUACAAGCCAGAAGACACACAUGCUGAGGCUGGGUCAACUGUUACGUUAUUUUGUGGUGCUAACGGUCGAGACACACAACAGAAAGAACCAUCAAUCACAUGGCUUAAAGAUGGCAAUGCCAUAGACUUCAAACAAGCUCAGGGUAGAUUAGAGAUUGUAGGGAGAGGGAGUCUAAAAAUAUACAGUGCCAAUGAAGCUGAUUCUGGAACUUACACAUGUAGAGCUGAAAAUCUCCUGGACUCAGAUGAUUCAGAUGCCAGUCUUAUUGUGCUUGUUCCACCAAAAUUCAAUCAACAACCAUUGAACAGGAUUGCCCACGAGAAUUCUGACAUCGAAUUCAAAUGUGACAUCAAUGGCAGUCCACAGCCAGAAGUUGUUUGGAUGAAAGAUGGCGUAAUGUUAAAACCAUCCGAUUAUUUCCAUAUCAUUGACAAGAAACAUUUACGGAUACUUGGCUUGCUCGAGAGUGAUGCAGGGAUGUAUCAGUGUUUUGGGAACAACUCUGUUGGAAAUGUUCAGGCCAGUGUUCAAUUGAUGGUCGUCAAUCAGAAUGUACCCCUCCCUACAACAACCCGAAACUACAGACUACCAACUUAUCUAGGUGGUAACAUUGGAAACGAGAUCAACCUACCCAGUGAACCAAAAGACCUCCAAGCUGUCAUUGUCUCAAAGCAGUUUGUCACACUGAAAUGGAAUGAUCCAGAGAAGACCGGUCCAUUAAAUGAAGGGAGUCUAGUAUACUCUGUCUUCUGGAAGGAGAAAGAAUCUCAAAGGGAGAGAGUUUUAAACACUACACUGAAUGAAGCUAACAUCCAACAUCUCAAACCGGAUACCAGUUACGAAUUCAGGAUCAGGACCUAUAACAACAAUGGACCGAGUCCCAGUUUUGCUAGGCUCUCCAUUACAACUGAAAGAGACAUUGAUGUGCCUACACCACCGACUAAUGUACAUGCUGAUGCAAAGAGUCCAGAGUCCAUUCGUGUUUCCUGGGAUCCACCAGCCCAAGCCAAAGGGAAAAUAACCAAAUAUAAACUGAUGUAUUACAUGAAAGGAGAUGCACAGGAACAUAGAAUUGAGAUCAUAAAAACCAACCACAUACUACAAGGUCUGAAGACAUUUAAAGAGUACAGCAUUAGUGUAGUAGCUUUCAAUGAGAAUGGUGAAGGUGGACGGUCAGAUGAGAUCGAAGCCAGAACAUUAUCUGACCGGCCCAGUGACAUCCCUCAGAAUGUCACAUUAGAAGCAGCUAGUGCCACGAGUUUAAUAUUGAGAUGGGAGCCACCUCCUGAAGAAACCAGAAAUGGCAUCAUCACAGGUUAUAAGAUCAGAUUCAAGAAGCGUACAGAUAUGAGAAGUCGAACUGUUACCACGGAUGGCAAUCGACGUCUGUAUGCUCUAGUCAAUCUUGAAAAGAACACACAGUACCAGGUUAAAAUAGCUCCUAUCAACGUCAAUGGUACAGGGCCCUAUACUAAUAAACUGAAGGCUACAACCUUUAGGGAUGAUUUGGACGAAUCUGUGGUUCCAACAACACCCAGGAAGUUACGAGUGACAUCUUAUGCCACAUCGAUCAGAGUAUCGUGGACGGCCCCAGAACCAGAAUCUAAGAUCAUGGUGAGGGGAUACACACUGGGGUACGGUAAAGGAAUAGCUGAUGUGUACAUGGAAGUCUUGGGACCUGAUGUUAAUGUAUUCACAAUAGAAAGUUUAGAACCAAACGCUGAGUAUGUUAUUACUGUAAGAGCUUAUAACAAGAAAGGAGAUGGUCCGCCAAAAUAUCAAACAGCUAAAACCAGUGAAGCAGAAGUUGUUGAGCAUUUGACACCCAUGAUGCCUCCUGUUGGAUUAAAGACCAUUGUCUUGUCAUCUUCCACCGUGCUACUAACAUGGACGGACACUUCACUUGGAAGUAGUCAGCGUAACACUGACAACAGAUUCUAUACUGUUCGUUACACGCCCUUACAAGGGUCAGGUCGUCGUAAUAGAGACGUCAACUCAACAGGACUGAAUUGUCACAUAGACAAUCUUAAGCCAUACACUAAGUAUGAGUUCAGUGUCAAGGUCAUCAAAGGUCGACGACAGAGUACUUGGAGUAUGAGUGUUCUCAACACGACAGAGGAAGCUGCCCCAGGAUCAGCUCCUCGAGACUUGACAACAAUCAGCAUCGAAAAGAACCCAAAGGCUGUGAGACUAAACUGGCAACCUCCCGUCACCCCUAAUGGUCAGAUUACAGGAUAUCUGAUAUUUUAUACCACAGAUCCUAACUUGGAGGAUGUAGAUUGGGUCGUGGAAGGUGUACUGCCUGGUGAAAGGUUGACCACGACUAUCAAAGGUCUGACCCCAGACACAACGUAUUACUUCAAAAUGCAGACUCGAAAUAGUAAAGGAUAUGGACCUAUCUCACCUACUGUUAUUUAUAAAACACCAAAAUCUGAUGGUACCGGUGGUGGUAAGAUAAACCCAGAAUACCCACCAGACUUUGAUACUCAGUUCAAUCCAAAGGAUUUUCCAGCAAAAGAUUAUUUUCCUCCUGUACAACCUGAAGGCCAGGAACCAAAUAAAGCAGAUGAAGGGAAGGAUAAAGUAGGGGGACUGUCCACAAACAUUAUCAUCAUAAUUAUAGCUUCAGUUGUUGGAGCUGUGUUUUGUGUCGUGAUCAUUGUGGUGGCCAUUGUGUUCUGUAGGAGGAGGGAUUACGGAGAAAGAGGAAAAAGACCGCCACAAGGCACCCAGUCUCCCAGUAAAAAACCCGGACAGAAAGAGUUAAAACCUCCAGAUCUUUGGAUACACCAUGAUCCAAUGGAAUUGAAGAGUUUGAACAAACCUGAUCGUAGUGACUCCAUGUUGACGAUGAGUACACUGCGACGUAAUUCUCAGGACUCUAAAUCCAUUGACGAUAAUCUGCCACCAUACAGACCUGAUAUAGACAAAUCUAAUUCAGAUGUAUAUUACUGUGGUGAAGACAGUUUCCCUCGUCGAUCUCAAGGAAUGAUGAGAUCUAAACCAUCCAAACUGUCUAUAUCAGUGGACACACAAGGUCCACCACGGGAGCCAGUUGCUAUGGUAACAGCCCUUCCUAAUGGUAUGUCGCAGGACAACCAGUCUCAAGGUCAUCCCAGACCAGGGUUCCCUAGGACCCAAUACAAUAUGCAGUACAGUAGUACACCAAGGGUGAAUGCUGGGGAUAUGCCACAGCCCUCUUCAAUGCCCAUACUGAACACAGAUUAUCAUUAUAAAUUGUGUACAUUGGAUGAAGAUGACUUCAGCAGUGCAAACGACACCAUGGAAGACUGCUACCCUGCUAGAGUUGGCUAUGCUCGUUCCACAGAAGCCCUGUCCAUUACCGGACGUUCUCAGCCCACGGCCAUCGUUACUCCAGAUAAACGGAUAAACGAUGGCCAUAAAAGUCUUCCUCGACAUUGUGAGGUCCACAAAAGUCUGCCUAGAAACAUGCAUCCCAUGAGAAGUUUCAGUGUGCCAACCCCACCCCCUCUUGGACAUAAACAUGGUGGCCUGACCCCCAAACAUCAGAUUGUGAAACCUCAGCAGUCUCCAUAUAAGAAGACUACACCUAUAUCUAGUGUUCCAAUCAAACCUAGGACAAUGACUGUCAUCAGCACACCACCACCACCUAAAGCUCCUGAUAUAAUACUGAAAACAGGGAAAGAACCGGAGGGAGAACUUCAGCAGAAGUCAGCCAGUACUGAAGAAUUAACAGCAGAAAUGGAGAACUUAGACUGUUUAAUGAAAGACUUAAAUGCUAUUACACAACAAGACUUCCAGUGCUAACAGUUAGAGAAUUAGUCAUAUAGAUUUGUGAUAACACAUCUUUUAUGCAUACAUUUUCAUGAACCAUCUUAUCAGACUGCCAGUGAGAAUUUAAAAGAUUUUCAUAGCUGUUUCGUAGAAAAAUUCCAGUUUGUAACGACAGUAACUAUAAACUAGUAUUUGAAAAAUGUUUAUAUGUGGAAAAUGGCUUGAUGAAAAUUAGUACAUUAUCAAAGACUCUACACUAUAAAGCCUGGAAAAUUGGCUGUUGAAGUUGAAUUAUAAAUUGAUGUGACGAGACAAAGAGUUAAUUCUUACAUGAGUGACAUUUGUCAAGAACUCGACUAUGAAGCAAGGAAAACAGCUUAUUGAACUUGAAUUAUAAAAUGAUGUGGCGAGAAAUUCUCAUAUGAGUGACACUUGUCAUAGACCGUACUAUGAAGCCAAAGCUGUUCAGGUGCUAGCUACUGAGGCAUACAUUCAUCAUUACUACCAACAAAUCAAUUAUUUUAACCAGCAAGUCAUUCUUCAUCAAUAAUAGAAGUUGAAUAAACUUCUAUUGACGGAAAAAGCAAAUUCUGAAAAGUAGAAAUCUCUGACUUAGGCAGAAUUUUAGAGUUCUAAUAUUAUGUAAAUCAUGUUUUUGGACUUUGUAUUGUUUUAGUGAAAAACUUUUGUUAUUUGACAGUUUUUAUAGAUAUUAGACAUUUUACAAAUUAGAUGGUUUUGGAUAGUUUUAGAUUGAUGUUUGGUUGUUAUGUUUAAUGAAAAAAUCUACAAAAACACAAAUAGUUUUAUAUCAUACUUAAUUAACAAAGAUGUCGUAGGAGCAUUACAAGGACAAAGUACUUAAGAAUAUUUACUUUUUCAUAAAGGAUGUCUUUUUCAAGUGGAUAAUGUAUGUAUAUUACAUGUACCACAAAAUAAUUAACAAAUGAUAAGGUUAGUGAGAUUGUUUUUAUUUAAAUACAAGUAUUUGAAAAAAUAAGCGUUUUUGGCAGGAAAAAAGAUGUCUCUUAAUUUUUCAUAUGAAAUAUGGGAUCUGUAUAGAAAUAUAACAUAAAUGGGUUAAAAAAAAUAGGGUUUGAAGUUUAAAUGCAGGAAAAGAAUUUCUGUCAAAAGAUUGUGCAUUCUCAUUGUCUCUUUUGAUAAGGCUGAAAAUAUAGCUGAAAUAAAUAGUACCUCAUCUAUAAAGACAAGGAUUUUCUUGAUAAAAAACUUUAAUGGAAUUUGAUACUAAUUUUUUCUUGAAAGUAUACUUUUCAGAGAAUAUUAUAUUUCAAAAUGGUUCCUGAAAUAUCCAAUUCAAACAGUAUAGAAUUAAAUAUCAAUUAGAUUCAUAUAUAUUUUUUUUUGGGAAAAAUCAAACAAAGUUCUGCCCUGUCAUAUUUAAAAUGCCCUAAGAAACUUUGUAUUCAUAAGGUAUACAAUCAUGUUUUGAUUUAUGGUUGUAUAUUUUUAAUCACAAGUUUUAUUUGUUUUGUUUUCUUUCCUAUCAGGUUUUUUUAUAAACAGUUUCAAUUUAAUACAUGUCAUUUUUUCAAAUAUAUUACUGCUGUAUCCCUUCCUAAGAUCUGAUUUUGGAAAUCAUUAUUAUGACUAAAAUAAUAUAUUCAAAGUAGUUAUUUCCCUUGCCCUGAAGUAAACGUCAAAUGUUAGAUUUGAAAUCAAGUAUUUUCUGCUUUUUCAGACAAUUAGGAAUUCUUAUACGGUAUUCCAAUUAAAAGUGUCUAAAAAAUUUGGAAUUCUUAUAAAUUCUGUAUUUAGUAAACAAUGAGUCAAACAAGGUUAGAAUUCUUAUAAAUAUUGUUAUUUUCAUAAAACAAUAUGGGGCAAACAAAUUUUGAUCAUUUUUUUCAUUUUUGUAGAGAAACAAUACUAAAUUAAUAUUUAAAAUCUAAUCAAAAAGAAAGUGUGGAAAAAUUUCAUAAAAGUGUACUGUGUGUAUUUGCUUGAAAAUGUGUGUGAAGGGUGUGUGACAAUCCUGUCAUAUAAGAUAGGGACUGUCUCAGAAUGUAUAAAUAUUUUCAUAUUGAGACGGUCCUUUUGAUUUAAAUGUCAUAUUUAGAUGUUCAGUCAUUUACAAUUAGAGUAGUGUUAUUAAAGAUGAAUACUUUUAAAUCAUUUUUUAAAUGUUGUGCAUUGUAAGAUGUCAGUAGUGUUAAAAUUUGUCAUAGCUAUAUUUAUUGAUAUUUUUUUUAAUUUGAUGUAAAUUUUAUUUUGAUUGAUGAUAACUUUACACCAAAAUAAUUCUAUGACUUUCUUGUUUUAAGGAUUAAUGAAAAUAACGCCAUUCUAUGGGAAGCUCAAUGCCAAGGCUAUUAAAUGGAUCAAAAUUUGAUAGUAGAAUAUGCCUAUCUGUAACAUAUGUUCAAAUGUAACUUUUUAGCCGCUUUAUGUAAAUUUAAUGCUAAUUUUUUUGUUCAAUUUAAUUUUUUGAUUAAUCUUUAAACUUAUUUGAAAUGAAAAGAGAAAAUUGUCAAAGGAAAAUAUUUCUUGAACAGUCACUUCUACGGCAUACACAGUUCAAAAAUAAACAUAAUUUUUUAGUGUCUUUGAAAAGUUAAUAUUUACCUAAUUUUAAAUGAAAAAAUCUUAGAAUUAUUUUGUUGUGGCUAUUAUGAUUAUUAAUUAGUAGAGGCAGCAUUCUUGGUGUUGUGCUGACUUAAGGAGAUUAUACUUAUAAAAUUGAGAUAUAUUAUGGAUACUUAGUUUUAAUGUAUUGUAUGUCAAAAUCUUCUAUGCAGUGUAGAGGAGGCUUACACUUAGUAUAGGCAAUUCUAAGAUGACUGAGUCUGCUAUUAUUUUUCAAAAGGGAGAUAAUUCACUAGUGUUAACAAACUGGUUUUCCAAGUGAGUGCCAUUUAAAUAUUGUGUGUAAGCUGUUAAUAAAACGUUCAAUGAUUUGAUUCUUAAGUGUUAUAAUGAUGAUGAAAUAUAUCUGGUUGAUAAACAUCACAUCUUUGAAAAUUAUGUCAACUGUUACACUCUUCUUCAUUGGGAUUGCAUUGGUAGGCAACCAAUUUGUCUGAUAAAUUGUGUUACUUCUCUUGUUCAAAAAUAACUGGAGAUCAUCAUUGGUAAAAAGAUGAUAUUCUAUUGAUACAUAGAUCUGCACUUAAGAGUUACCUUUUUAUUUUUAUUUUUUUGAGAAUUCAAUGAAUUUGUGUAGGGGGAUUGUGUUGCUGUUUUAAUUGAUUUUCUUGUUUUAGUUUCAUAUAUCAUUUUAUACCAUCAGUAAAACCCAUAUGUUAUAGUGCAUCAAAAUUAUCUUCAAAGAUAUUUCAAAGAAAUAUUUUCUUAACUAUUUUUCAUACAAACACGAAAUUUCUUUGACUGUUCCAAGUCAAAAAUUUUGACAUUGAAAUUGUAAUAGUAGCUUAACUAAAAUUUAUACCUUGUAAUUAAAAUUAUUUUUUGUUGGCAUGGUUAAAUGUACUUUUUUUUAAACUUUGAGGUAUUUUGAAUUAACAAUAAGUAUUAACAAACAUUGAAUUUAUUUUUCUUCAAAUUUUUCGUUUCAUCUAUACAUUUAUCAGAACCAGUUGUUUAACUUUUUAAACUGGUUUAACAUUUAAUAGUAAUGUAAUGCAAUUAACCUGAGGUUAAAUUUUUAACCUGGUUUAAAUAAGUUGGAACAACAGUGCCAUGUUGUUUUUCAGGCUUGAUAUGUACAGCGUUAAACAAGCUACAAUCAAUCGAUCAAUCAAUCAUAAAAUGUUCAGCAUCACCAAAAACCAUUAGCUUUUUGUCAUUAAUUACAAAAUCUUAGAUAAUGUGCCAUAAUUCAUUUAUCAGACAUCUUCCUGAUCAGGUAUUACAAUCUUUGUGUUAUAGGGUCAUAGGUCAUUUGCUUUAAUCAUUAUGUUAAACAAAUUCAAUUAAGGGAAAAUAAAAUUGAAACAGCCAUAGGGACAAAAAGUAACCUAUUAUUUUAAAUAAAAAUUAAAUUGUAUCAGAAUUGGGAAAGCAUUUAAUUUAUUUUUCAAAUAUAAUUUUAAAUCUUUGUUUAGUUAAAAAGAUACUUUAAAGGACUUUUUUAUUUUUUUCAAAUGAGUUUGGUCUGUAUUACACAUUUGUACUGAUUACUCAACUUUUACAAUUUUUGUAACUCUAUUGGAGAAAAAUUAUAUAUUAGAUUGAAUUUAAUUUUAAGAUGGUAAGUUACUUUAAAUUUAAUGUAGACAAAUUAUAAUUUACAUUAAUUUUAAUGUCGAAAAAUUGAAGAUCGCAUUAAAUUCAUUAUAGAAAAAUUAUAAAUUAUAUUGAAUUUAAUGUAGAACGCUUUAGCAAAAUACAAACAUUGUCUCUCCUUGAUAUAUCAUAUACGUAUCUAAUAAAAUACAGGUAUAGGUUUUGUGAUAUGCUUAGUUUUACAUCACUGCUUUAUAGAUAGGUUGUGAAGUUACAAUUUUUGGGCACAUAUGGCAUAGUAGCAACUACCUGUUAUGAGAAUUUUUGUUUGUUUCUUUAUCCAUUUUAUCAAAGUACUUUUUUUAUAAACAUUUAUAAUGAGUUAGUGAAUCUUUCAUUUUUUUUUUCAAUAUCUAUUUUGGUAGUGGAUGUGAACUCUCAGAUAUUUAGUCUGAAAGAAGGAGCUUGAGUGAAUGUUGUGUAUUACUCAUUUGUUGUGAAUUUUCAUUUGUAUUUUUGGCUAUUUUAGAAAUACAAUUACCUUUAGAAGACAUCGCUUUUGUACAAUUUAUUGGAGAAAGGAUUUGAAAUUUUUCAUUGCUUUCAUUAAUUGAUAAUAGAAAAUUCAUCUCAACUUGUAGGAUUUUUUAGGGAGACUUUUUUUUAGUUAUGAAAAUAAAUAAUAAGUUGAACUAUUUGUAUUUAUAAAUUGUACAAAGUGUGCAGGAGAAAUUUAUUUGACUUAAAAUUAUAUUAAAAACAUUUCUGAGUUGCCAAGUUCCGUGUAAUACUGAAAUCAAUUUACAAUUUAUAUUAAUUAGACUAAUAUAUUUUUUGUGGAAAAAAUAAAACAGCAGUUUCAUUACCGAUCAUAUUUUAAAUAUACAAUUCUUCAAAUGUGAAUUGAACAGUUAUCAUCCAUGAAAUAUCAUCUCUAUGUCAUUGUAAUACAUUGUAUCAUAUAUGCAACAAAGUAAAUUAUGACAUUAUGUAUAAAUUAUCAUCAUCUUUCAUCAUUUGUAAAUAUCAUAUGAUAAAAUGCUGAUGUGUCAGUUGUGGAUGAAAUGUGACAUUUUUGAGAAUAAUUUAUACACUGACUUAAAAUAAAUCUUUUUCUAAGUA